AUGAGCCAAUCAACAUUCGACCCAUGCCUACUCUACACUAUGGAUAGCCCUAAUUCAGGAGAAUCCACUGGUUUCGGCAUCGUUGGACUUCAGACUGACGAUACCCUCAUUCUCGCAGAUGCCACGUUCGCUGAAUCUGAAGAGAUUGAGUUACAGAAAGCUCAAUUUCUGGCUAAAAACCGCGAGAAGUUAACCAUUGAAAAACCUUUGAAGUUCAAUGGCAGCAUGGUCAAGCUAGAACCUGAUGGGAUUACUCUUACCCAGGAAACCCAAUGUAUUAAACUAUUACCCAUUGGCAAGACAACCGCUCAGGCACCAGGCACCCUAAAGGAUCGAUAUAUUGCAGAACGCGCAAGAGGUACCUAUAUUGCCUCUGUCUGCCAGCCAGAGGCUUCAUUCGACUUAUCAUUCGCUGCCCAAGUGAUCAACCCAAGCAAGGAAGAUGCUGAAUUCCUCAACAAGCGACUUAACUGGCAGCUAGAGAACGCCGCCAGAGGCCUUAAAUAUGUUAAACUGGACCUAGAAUCUCUUUAA